AUGUCUUCGUUUUUUUGUUUAUUUUGCCAAAUAGCAUUGGCUGUGAACGUUAUGGAUAUAAAUGAUACGAUGAUAUUAGCAGUAUCAUCGAAUGUGCUUACAGUAUGGGAAUAUGAAGAUUUUGUACUUGAACGUUACAAACAACAUUUAAUCAAACCGACAAAGAAUCUCUUAUCAGUUGAUAACGAUUUGAAUUUAACAUUACGAAACGUUGUAAUUGAAACGAAUAAUACCGCUGAUGGUCUUAUGAAGUAUCGAUCAAUGAUCAAGGGUAUCAAAGGUAAUGAAUUUUGA